AUGGCGAGAGAAUGGAGCGGCCAACAGGGUUACAUCGUCACUGUCCUCCUCUUCCUGUGCAGCGCCGACGGAGCUCGCUCGGAAGCGGCGACGGCGACGGCCGGUGCGGGACGAGGCGGCGACCGCACCGCCAGCGCCGCCGCCGCCACUCAGGUGCUCGGCAUGCGGCUGGAGACGAGCGACAAGCCGGCCAGCACCGGGGACGACGGAGUGCUGCAGGUGACCGAGGACAGCUCCGUGCAGCUCCGCUUCUACGGCCUGCGGCUGCAUCCCGGAGCUUGGACGCUCAUCCGCUUCGCCGAGCUGGAGGAUGACGACGACGAGCAAACCGACGCCGCCGCCGCCGACGACGAGGCCACCUGCUCGGACUUCACCAAGGACAUCGCGGUCGGGACCUUCAUGAACGUCAGCGGCCGGGGCACGUCGGGGCUCCUGCGCGUGCACGUCAAGCCUCUGCGCAAGAGCGAGCCCAGCAGCCUCUACGCGCUGUGCACGCGCCCGGAGAACGGCGGCUGGCGGACGCUGGGCGACCGCGACGGGCGCCUGCUGGUCGUGGAAGAGAAGAAGUCGCUUCUGCCGCUCUGGCUGCAGGUGAUCCUGAUCUCCUGCCUGCUGGUGCUAUCGGGCAUGUUCAGCGGGCUGAACUUGGGCCUGAUGGCGCUGGACCCCAUGGAGCUGCGCAUCGUGCAGAGCUGCGGCACGGACAAGGAGAAGAAGUACGCCCGGAAGAUCGAGCCCAUCCGCAGCAAGGGCAACUACCUGCUGUGCUCGCUGCUCCUGGGCAACGUGCUGGUCAACACCACGCUGACCAUCCUGCUGGACGACCUGAUCGGAUCGGGCCUGGGGGCCGUGGUGGCCUCCACCGUCGGCAUAGUCAUCUUCGGCGAGAUCGUGCCCCAGGCGCUGUGCUCGCGCCACGGGUUGGCGGUGGGCGCCAACACCAUCGCGCUCACCAAGUUCUUCAUGUUCCUCACCUUCCCGCUCUCGUGGCCCGUCAGCAAGAUCCUGGACGUGCUGCUGGGCCAGGAGAUCGGGACCGUCUACAACCGCGAGAAGCUGGUGGAGAUGCUCAAGGUCACCGAGCCCUACAACGACCUGGACAAGGAGGAGCUCAACAUGAUCCAGGGCGCGCUGGAGCUGCGCACCAAGACGGUGGAGGAUGUCAUGACGCCGCUCACAGACUGCUUCAUGAUCCAGGCCGACGCCGUUUUGGACUUCGACACCAUGUCGGAGAUCAUGGAGAGCGGCUACACGCGCAUCCCCGUCUAUGACGACGAGCGCUGUAACAUCGUGGACAUCCUCUAUGUCAAGGACUUGGCAUUCGUGGACCCGGACGACUGUACCACGCUCAAGACCGUCACCAAGUUCUACAACCAUCCGGUGCACUUUGUCUUCCACGACACCAAACUGGACACCAUGUUGGAGGAGUUCAAGAAAGGUAAAUCCCACUUGGCCAUCGUGCAGAAGGUGAACAACGAGGGCGAGGGCGACCCCUUCUACGAGGUGCUGGGUUUGGUCACCCUGGAGGACGUGAUCGAGGAAAUCAUCAAGUCGGAAAUCCUGGACGAGUCCGAUCUGUACACCGACAACCGCAACAAGAAGCGAGUGGACGCCAACAAGAACAAGCGCGACUUCUCGGCGUUCAAGCACGAGGGCGACGCCAAGGCCAAGAUCUCGCCACAACUCAUGCUGGCCGCCCAUCGCUUCCUGGCCACGGAGGUGAGCCUCUUUGGCGCCUUCCACGUGAGCGACAAGGUCCUGCUGCGGAUCUUGAGGCAUCCCGACGUGGUGCGCGAGCUCAAGUUUGACGACAACGACAAGCGAGCGCCGCAGCACUUCCUGUACCAGCGUGGCAAGCCCGUCGACUACUUUGUGCUCAUCCUACAAGGUCGAGUGGAGGUGGAGGCCGGAAACGAGAACAUGAAGUUUGAGACGGGCCCCUUCUCCUACUACGGCGUCAUGGCGCUCAGCACGCCAUCGCUGGCCGUGACCCCGCCCCUGUCCCCGUCGGUGGCGUCCCCCCCUCCGAGGCGCCUCUCUCUUAAGAGGUUUUCCGUGUUCUCUCGCUUCCCAGAGUUCCGUUCUCCGUCCCACGGGGGCAACCUGAACCGCUCGGCGUCCAUCAGCUGCGGCGAACGCGGCGGUCCAGAGAGCGGCUCCAUUGGCGGCAGCAACAGUCAAAUCCCGGGAACGCCCUUCCAGUACAUUCCGGACUUCUGCGUGCGAGCGCUCAGCGACUUGCAGUUCGUCAAGAUCACACGAGCGCAGUACCAGAACGGCCUGCUGGCGUCGCGUCUGGACAGCGCGCCGCAGUCUCCCGAAGGAAGCCAACUGCGUCUGGACGCGGCGGCGGCACCGACUCUCGCCACGCCGCCUGCCAAGCGUCCGCAGACCGACGCUCAGUCCGCCCGCGCCGCCGACCCGGCCGCCCCGCGUCGAGCCACGCCACCCGGGGACGGUGACGUCGUCCCGGGGGAGACCGCCACGCUCCUGGGUGAGCAGCGCAAUUGCGGGGACCCUCGACGGCCCGGACAGUCCCUUCCGCACUCUCGUGCCGAGAGUACCAUUUGA